AUGGUAUACUAACACUUUAUAUUUUAUACAUAUAUUAGCCAAUGAGAAAUGAUAACACAGUACAAUGAAUAAUAAUAUUAAUUAUUUGUCAUACUAUAUGUACCGUACAUGUAGAUAUCUAGGGAAAAUUCAGUUCAAGACGAGAACAUUGAAACUGUAUCUUUUCAUGAUCAGGUGAGUUAUAUUAGAGAUCUCUAGAUUUAAAUUAACUGUAUUUAUUGUAGUAAUUGUACUCUGCAAAAAAAUACUGUUUAAAACAUAAUUAUAGGAGUCAUGCACCAUCUGCAUUGCUGCUGCAGUGAUGUGUGAAUGUUGUAAUCUCUUGUAUUAACCAUUAAAAUGAAAAUACUAGAAGUACCGUAUAUAAUGCAUUGGGUGUCACACCCCUCAGUUUGUUUACCUAUAUAUUUGUGCAGAAGAUGGUCAAGAAAAUGAUCAUGUUCAUUUUAACUUGCCCUCUAGUAAAACAUUAGUCACACACUGUAACACUUGUUUGAUUUUUGUUUUAAUUAAAAAUAAUUUAUGGCAUUGUGAUGUGACAUUGGUUGCAUUGGAUUUUAGCUUCUGGUAACAAUGCAUACACAAUAUUUACCUCUGCUCAGAGAUCAAAUCAAUCAAUUUCAUGCAACAUUUAUAUAUUUAUAAUCAUUGUGAUAUAUACUUGAAUGUUUUAUUAUUCUAAAAUAGACAUCAUCUCAUGAUUCAAGUGACGAAUGUAGUGACGGAGUUGAAAGUGGCGAUGAGGCUGGUCACGCUUCAAAUAACAGGAGAAAUUUCAACAAUGAUCAGGUAAUUUUUACAGAUACUGUACAGCAAGUAUAUAUAUAUAUACACAGGAUUCUAGAAUUAGUAGUAUUUCAACAGCAAUAACACUGUCGCCUCUGCUAUAGCACUGCUGUACUAAUGUCCUACAUGCAUUGCCAUUAUGUUCAAUUACUGUUCAUCUAUUAAUUUGUUCCUAAACCAAAGUGCACAAAUCUGAUACACAUUAGCCGGCACAUCAUUUGGCAUUGUAAUAGUACUACAUGCAGGCUAGUGACACAUGCAAAUGAAACUUUACUUAGAAUGUACAUUAUAAGUGAGUAACUUUAACAUAAACAUGCACGUCUGAGUUAAGAAGAAACAGACUGGGCAAGUGUUAAUAUUGUUCAUUGCUGCCUUUCUAAUGCACCACUAGGAUAAUUAGAUGAAGUAAUUGGUGAGAAUUGGUCAGCAGUCCUGUACAUAUUUUAUUUUGCAUUUUUGCUUACGGUACUAAUAAUUUUUUAUUAUCAUAGGAUGAAAAGGAACCAAUUUAUCCUGGUGCAAAUAUUACAAAAACUCAGAGUCUUCUCUUGAUCCUUUGUUUCGUGCUUAGACACAAACUAACUGAUGUAGCUCUUGGAGAUCUGUUGUUGCUGCUAAAUACAUUGUUUCCCAAUACAGUUCCAGCAACAAAGCACAAGUUUUAUAAUUUGUUCAAUUUAGAGCAAUCAGAGGUAUGUGUUCAACAAUGUGCCUACACUGUACACAGUCCGUAUCCAGUCCCUCGGAUGCUUUUUGAGGUAGGAAAGGAGGGACUAUGCACAGGUCUAUUGAAACUGAGACGUUCACACUUGAUUGGGCACCACCCCUUUGCUGCCUUAUUUUAAGUAUUUAUAUUUUACAUUGUACUGAUUUCUCUUGUCACAAUAUCAACACUUGCGUUAAGGAGUAAUCACUAAUGUGUAUCUUUCACUGUACAGUUUUAGUUUAUCGUAUAAUUUCAAGUGAUCAGAACAUUCUGAGACUAUAAAAUACAUUUUGUAACAAGCGAGUGGCCUGGGACAAAAAUAGAUAAUAUGAUAUUGGCCUGAUUAACAGUUGACCUUUUAAAUCAACAAUUUCAGCCAAUCAAAAUUUCGUUUUGAGACACAGAAUUCCAAUUUCAAUGGACGUGUACACAGUUCCGGUCUGAGUGACCAAGUACAGUCUAUAAUAUCAUUGGGGAGCCGUAUUGGUACCUACAGAGUAUGCGCCCUACUGUACUGGUUAUUAGUAUUCUUUUACUCAACUUUACCUUUUUUUUCAAUUUAGAAGCACUUCUACUGUUCUACUUGCAUGUCGUACAUGGGUAAAGAUUCAACCAUUGCAGCCUGCAACAAAUGCAAUCAGGUAUUUGAUGGAAAGGAAAGCAUCAAGAAUGGAACAUCAUAUUUUAUGUAUAUUCCAGUUCAACAACAAAUUGUAAGCCUUUUAUCAAAUGACAAACUUUUUCCAUAUUUGACAAAUAGAAACUUAGAUUUUGGCUCAAAUCAAAAAGUGUAAAUGAUGUGACAACGUCAGCAUUGUAUAAAGAGCUGAUAGCUAAGCAUGGUCUUGGUCGAAAUGAUGUAUCUUUGACCUGGAAUACAGAUGGCAUUCCUAUCUUUAACUCCUCUAACUAUUCGAUAUGGCCUUUACAAGCUUUUGUAAAUGAGCUUCCUCAACACCUGCGGGGCAAAAAUAUCCUGUUGCUUGGUCUAUGGUUUGGUCAGAAACCAAUUAUGAAUACCUUCUUGAAACCAUUUGUUGAGGAGUGUAGACACUUAGAAUCGGAUGGUUUUAUCUUUUGCAACGAGAUUCAGCCUAGGAAACUUUUUCCUUUACUACAAUCUGCAGAUGCUCCUGCUCGAGCUAUUGUUCGAAAUGUUAAGCAAUUUAAUAGUAAGCAUGGGUGUGAUUGGUGCGAAUUUGAGGGAGUAGCUCUGCCUAAUAAGACUGGCCCUCCUGUUAGGUACUACCCCCAUAGAACACCAGUUGUUAUGCGUACUGCUGCAAAGCAAGCAGCAUAUGCAUUAAAAGCUUCACCUACUAUCACCUACUAA